CCACAAGUUGACUCCUGCGACGACCCACUUGUCCCCCAGCGUACGCUUCACUCUCUCGUUCCACGAGCCGGACCCCUCAAACCAGCGCUCCACCCCGGUCGGACGCUAGCAAAACCCAGGACCGCCUCAUCUCAUCUCAUCUCAUCUCAUGGCCGUCGCCAGGCUGGUGGCCGCGCCAUUCCCUCUCGCCGCCUCCCGCCCCCGCGCCCGCGGCCCGCCGGCGCGCCUCGCCUUCGCGCCGCUCCCGCUCUCCCCCACGCGCCGCGUCGCCGUGCCCGUCGUCCUGCGCGUGGCCUCCGACGGCAGGGCCGACGCCCCGGAGGUGGAGGUCGAGGAGGAGGCGAACGAGGCGCGGAUGGCGGUUUCGGAGCGCAAGGCGAGGAAGGAGUCGGAGCGGCGGACCUACCUGGUGGCGGCGGUGAUGUCCAGCCUCGGGAUCACCUCCAUGGCCGCCGCCGCCGUCUACUACCGCUUCGCCUGGCAAAUGGAGGGAGGCGAGAUUCCGGUGACGGAGAUGUUGGGCACCUUCGCACUAUCCGUGGGCGCGGCGGUGGGGAUGGAGUUCUGGGCGCGGUGGGCGCACCGCGCGCUGUGGCACGCCUCGCUGUGGCACAUGCACGAGUCCCACCACCGGCCCCGCGACGGGCCAUUCGAGCUCAACGACGUCUUCGCCAUCGUCAACGCCGUGCCCGCCAUGGCCCUCCUCGCCUUCGGCUUCUUCAACCGCGGCCUCGUCCCGGGGCUCUGCUUCGGCGCGGGGCUCGGGAUCACGCUCUUCGGGAUGGCCUACAUGUUCGUCCACGACGGCCUCGUCCACCGCCGCUUCCCCGUCGGGCCCAUCGAGAACGUGCCCUACUUCCGGCGAGUCGCCGCCGCGCACCAGAUCCAUCACAUGGACAAGUUCGACAGCGUGCCGUAUGGGCUCUUCCUCGGGCCCAAGGAGCUGGAGGAGGUGGGCGGGACCGAGGAGCUGGAGAAGGAGAUUCAGAAAAGGAUCAAGAGAAGAGAGACCCUAGACGCUAUGCAAUGAGAAACAAAUAGCUGCUCGGUUCAUCAUAGGUAUUCUGCCUUCUUGUGAUUGCGGAAUACAGGUUUUGUCUGAAUUAAUGUGGUCUGUUCAUAGAAGAGGAAGAGGGAUAGUUUAGUUAGAAAAUGGUAGCUGGCUUGGGUCAGUCGGUGGAGCACACUGGUAUUAGAGAUGUUGUGCUGGUGCUGGUGCAUGUUGACGCCUCCUGGUACUGUAUGUGGAGCUGACGUACUGUAUCUGUUACUGUAUUAUUAUUAUCUUACUGUAUCGUGCUGCUGACUGUAGUGGGACAGCAUAGUAUCGUAUAAAA